AUGUCGGACAAAGAAUUUGCUGGCAGUGACGAGCUCACUCUGCCCAGAGGUAUGCGCCGCUCUAGUAACGAGACCGACCGAUCAACGCGACUGACACAGACACGACANGCGACCGUCCAAAAGAUCAUCACCGAAGUCUUAGCCAACGACCAAGGAAUGUCCUUCGCCAAGGAAACACGAGACCUACUCAUAGAAUGUUGCGUCGAGUUCAUUACCAUGAUAUCCUCCGAAGCCAACGAGAUUGCCGAAAAGGAUGCGAAGAAGACAAUUGCCUGCGAACACAUUGUCAAGGCUUUGGAAGAGCUGGGCUUCAAUGAAUACGUCCCAGACUUGCUCGAGGUCGCACAGCAGUUCAAAUCACAACAAGCAGUGAGUUGGAAACGAAAACACAGCUUGGUCAAGGAAGAUGCUGACACAAAGUCCCCANNGAGUCGCGAAAAGAAGCAGAGCAAGAUCGAGCAGUCUGGAAUGACCGAAGAAGAACUGCUUAGACAGCAAGAAGAGCUGUUCAGAUCAGCAAACGAGAAGUUCAAUGCUGGACCCGCAGAGCCUGCCGAGCCGGCAGCAUGA